UCAUAUGUCAUUCACUAAAUUUUAGGUUAUAUUUUGCUUUAUUGGCUUUCGUUGUCGUUUUUUAAGCUUACAUAAUAUAGAAACAUUUGUGUAGUUCUCUACAAAGACAUCAGAUUCAAUGAGAAUAGGCUGGGUUCACAAAGUAGUUAACAAAUGGCCCGGGAAAAAGACUUUUGGGAUGUAUAGGUUUCUUCCCAUGUUCUUUGUACUUGGAGCUGCAUUGGAGUUUUCUAUGAUCAAUUGGAAGGUUGGAGAAGUAAACUUCUACAGCAGUUUUAAGAGACGUCAAGCUCACGAUAUUGUUGAAGAAAAGAUAAGAAAAUACGCCGCAGCCUAAAAUGCC